AUGCCCGCCGCCAGCUUGCUGCCGCUCUUCGGUAGCGCGGCGGGGCCGGGGACGCUGGGCGGCCCCGCGGGCAGCGGCGCGGGCGGCGGGGGCAGGAAGGCAGCGGGCCCCGGCGCGUUCCGGCUGACGGAGAAGUUCGUGCUGCUGCUGGUGUUCAGCGCCUUCAUCACCCUCUGCUUCGGGGCCAUCUUUUUCCUACCCGACUCCUCCAAGCUUCUCAGCGGCGUCUUCUUCCACUCGGCCGCCCUGCAGCCGCCGCCGCCGCCGCCCGGCGGGCAGCCCCGCGCCCCUCCGCAGCCCGGAGGCGGUCCGGCGGCGGCGGCGGCCGCGGGCGGGGCGGGCAGCCUGGAGCGGAUCCGCGCGGACCACGAGCGGGCUCUGCGGGAGGCCAAGGAGACGCUGCAGAAGCUGCCCGAGGAGAUCCGCAGAGACAUCCGCCAGGACAAGGAGAAACUUCUGCAGGACGCCCGCGGCAGGAAGGAGGCGGGCGCCCCCGGGUUGCCCCAGCGCCUCUUCCGCCAGCCCGUCGGCGCCGUGGGGCAGGAGCCCGCCGACCCCGACGUCCGGCAGAGGAGGGAGAAAAUCAAAGAGAUGAUGAAGCAUGCCUGGGAUAAUUAUAAGCGUUACGCAUGGGGAUUAAAUGAACUGAAACCCAUAUCUAAGCAAGGACAUUCAAGCAAUUUAUUUGGUAACAUCCAAGGAGCAACAAUCGUGGAUGCUCUUGAUACACUAUACAUCAUGGAAAUGAAAGAAGAGUUCAAGGAAGCCAAGGAGUGGGUUGAAAAAAACUUGGAUUUCAAUGUGAAUGCUGAAAUUUCCGUAUUUGAAGUGAACAUUCGUUUCGUCGGUGGACUACUUUCAGCUUACUAUCUGUCAGGAGAAGAAGUUUUCCGAAAAAAGGCAGUGGAGCUUGGAGAGAAAUUGCUGCCUGCUUUCAACACUCCUACUGGGAUACCUUGGGCAUUGCUUAAUAUCAAGAGUGGAAUCGGUCGAAAUUGGCCAUGGGCCUCUGGUGGAAGCAGCAUUUUGGCAGAAUUUGGGACUUUGCAUCUGGAGUUUGUACAUUUGAGCCACCUGUCUGGAAACCCUGUCUUUGCUGAAAAGGUCAUGAAUAUCCGAAAAGUUCUAAAUCGACUGGAUAAGCCAGAUGGCCUUUACCCCAACUACCUGAAUCCCAGCAGUGGCCAGUGGGGCCAGCAUCAUGUCUCCAUUGGAGGGCUUGGGGAUAGCUUUUAUGAAUAUCUGCUCAAGGCAUGGCUGAUGUCAGACAAGACAGAUGAAGACGGCAAGAAAAUGUAUUAUGAUGCUGUUCAGGCCAUCGAGACCCACCUCAUCCGAAAGUCAAGCGGGGGCCUGACGUACAUCGCCGAGUGGAAGGGCGGAUUGCUGGAACACAAGAUGGGACACCUCACGUGUUUUGCUGGAGGCAUGUUUGCUCUGGGAGCAGAUGGAGCACCCAGUGACAAGACAGGCCAUCACAUCGAGCUGGGUGCUGAAAUUGCCAGGACGUGCCAUGAAUCCUAUGACCGUACACGAAUGAAACUGGGACCAGAAGCCUUCAGAUUUGAUGGUGGUGUUGAGGCCAUUGCCACAAGACAAAAUGAAAAGUACUACAUCCUACGACCAGAAGUUAUAGAGACCUACAUGUACAUGUGGCGGCUCACUCACGAUCCAAAGUACAGGGAGUGGGGAUGGGAAGCUGUUGAGGCACUGGAAAAACACUGCAGAGUAGAUGGUGGCUAUUCUGGCAUUAGAGAUGUUUAUAACCAUCAUGAAAGCCAUGACGAUGUGCAGCAAAGUUUCUUCCUUUCAGAGACACUCAAGUACCUGUAUUUGCUGUUUUCUGAAGAUGAUCUUCUUCCAUUUGAACACUGGGUCUUCAACACAGAGGCUCAUCCUCUCCCUGUCCUUCGCAAAGAUGAUGGGAAUAAAGAAGAAAAUCAGAAAUAGAUGAAGAUUAAUUUAUACUUUGUUUCAUUCCUUACAUUUCCAGGACUUGGGCACAUGAUUUGGUUUUAAAUUCCUAAGUUAAAUUUUUUAAUCAAGUGUUUUGCAGUCUGUUUUCUUUAACAGUAAAUUUUUAUGAAUGUACCCAAUUAAAUUAUGAUGAAACCUCAGUCUUCUAAUUCAGAUGAAUAGCUUCUUAGAAGUGAAAUAGGAUAUCUUCCCAGAUUUUGUUAGGCUACAGUGUCAUUUUGGCCAAAAAAGCAGAAGGUCUGCAUGUUACUUGUUUCCUGUUAUGCUUUUAAUUUGACUGCAAAAUUCUACUCUCCUCUGUGAGGAGAUGUAUGCUUUAAGCUGUAAUAUUUUGCCAUGUUGCAAAAAGCCAUAUUGAAUUAAGUAUAAAGAGCUUUUUCCUUUAUUUGUUUUUUUCUAUGUUAGUUUGUGUGUCAUCCAGGACAAAUCUUGUGACUGUGACAGCCUCUUCUUAUGCGGGUCUAUCAUUACUUGCUAAAGUAUCUGAUGUAUUUCAUUGUCAAUGAAGUCUACAUAGGGGUAUUUUCAUCUCAUGCAGACACAACUGUGAAAUUGCAGUAUAAGUUAGAUUAAACUAGUUUCUAUGGAGUUAGCACAUUAGUUAGCAGACCUUAGUUUUUCAGGUUUUGGUUAGAAUAUUGUAAUAGAAUAAAUUGUUUCCUCCCUUUUCUAAGUGGUGUUAUUCUUACGUCUUUAGUCAAGCUAUUAUGGAGUAAAAUAAGGUAGUAAUUUCAUAUUAAGAAAGGGACUAUUAACCUUCUUUAUAUAUUUAGUCCAGUAGCUUUCAUUUGGUUGUUUGGCAAAAAAAAAAAAACAACAAAAAACACUCAAUGACAUUUUCCUGGAAGCAUAGAAUUAUAUCAGAUACAAUUUGUUUGCUUUUCUGUUACAUUCACAAAGAUUUAGGUAGGUUCAGACUUGACACCAGACUUGAUGGAUAAUUGUCACAAAGCAAUUUAAUGUAUAUGAAUAUAGACUUUCAUAUGCCUUGAAGAAAACCUGCCUCCUCAAAAGAAGAUAAGUCAUUCAGAGAGGAAGUUAUCCUGCAUUGAGCUAAAACUUUCUGACAACACUGUCAUGUCUUAAGUAACAGAAAUGCAAUGUGCUUAAAAAUAUUCCUUAGAGUAGAGGCCUGGCUUACUAAGAAAGGCAACAGCUUUGCCAAAAAUAUUUUGCUCUGUGGCAUCACCAAAGGGAAAAAGAAAUGAGGCAUGAAUAAUUCCUGUUUCUACUUGGUUUGAAGUGGUUUACAUGAUUUUUAAGUCUACCUGUGUUUUCAUUUCAUGGAUGACUUCCAUACAUUUCAGAUAGGAAACACCUGGCUUCCCAUUCUGAGAAAGACCAUUAUUCAUUGACUGGACUGCAGUGAAACAAAUCUGGUUCUGAAUAACAAUGUUCUUGAGUGGUAUUUAGCAAGAUAGCUCACAUGUCCAGCAUUACUAAUCAUAGCUGAGGAAACACAUUUGUUUAGGCUUUAGAGUACAUUUUUUCUAUGCUGAUAGAGGUCUGCAGUGGAGGUUUCCUUAGGUAGAAGCCAAAAAUUUGUACUGUUGGAGGAGCAUACUUCAUUGUUUUUCUUUAUAAACAGUAUUUAUAAGGGAGAUUUUUUUCCACCCCCUGAACCACCAUAGCUGUGGAAUAAAACCAAAAUAUUUCCUCUCUUUCUAAUAUGUAACAAUAAUUACUUUUUUCUUAGUUAUGUUUAUUGUGUCACCUGCUGCUACUGCCUCCCACACGCAUGUGCUGCUUUAGACCUCAUUUGAGUUAGAAAACACAACUUCUCAAAGACUGUUUCUGUCUGAGCUUUUGUAGUUAUUUAAGCCACUUUCUACAUGGUUUUCUUAACCAAGGUUUGCGUCCCCCAGCUGUCUGUAGUGAUCUUGCUGGUACUUAGCGAGCUGAAGAGUAGAGAACCAGACAGGUCUCCUCCAUGUUUCAAAAGCAGGCUCCAGUCACACAGCUCUGUGUGCAUUGGGUCUUAUGUACUUAAAUAUAAGCAUCAUGGCUGUUUCCUUGUAAUACAGACAUUUCGUAUGAAUUUUUCUUAGCGUGGGAGUUAGGAUGAUUUGAAAGAGCACAAAUUUGAUGUGGUAUUGGUAUUCAGGUUGUAUGUACAAACUGCACUAUACUGUACUUUUUGUAAACUAAUGUAAGUAGACGAGAAGAUUGUACAACGUGUAGAUCUGCCAACUGUAAGAAAAAAAACUUUUCAUAAACUGAGAGUAUAUCAAUUUUUCUUUUUUAAAUAACCCCAGAACACCAAAGUUAAAGCAAUCAUUUUUAAACAGUCCAUAAAUACCACUGUUUGUUGGAUUAGUAAGAUAACAUGCAUUUUAAUUCCCAUUCACUUAACUAACUUCAUGAAAGUGGCUAGUGAUGGUGACUUUGUGUUCCCAGUCAUUUGUAAGAGCAAAAGAAAUUGCUUAUUGUUGAGGGGAGGCUGUGCAGAGGGGAGAAGAAAGUGACAUGGACACAUUAUCUUAGCAUAAACACACUGCCCACACUUCUUCCAUUUCUUUGUAGCAUAAUAAUGCAUUUGAAUCUGCAUAUGUUGAGUCCCAAGAGGUAGAUCUCUUUAAGUGGCACCAACAUUAUUUCACAGGGAAAAAGAAAAAAAUUAAUUGUUUGUGAGAUAAGUAUUCAUAUGUGUUGGUUAUACACAGAUUUUUGCAAUGCCCAGUGGCUCACUGUUUCUAUGGUAACUUCAUGCAUAUCCAUUUCUAUCAUGUAUUUAAAUUGGUUUUGAUUUGUACAUAUUCCAUUUAGUCUUUUCAUCUUUAUAUAAACUGAAGUUAUGGAAUACAUAAUAGAUCAAGAUGCUUAAUUUUUAAGAACUUAUAUUUGUAAAAAUUUCUCUAUUGUGAAUAAAGUCUUUUAAUAUAUCUGUUCAA